AAGUAGGAAAUGAAAUUUGAAAAAAGGCCACCUAGAAAGUGGACAUGAAUCAUGAUGUAGCAAGAUAGUACUAUAAUUAGUAUGAAAUCAAAUCCUAAAGGUUUGUAUAAUGUUGAAUACUAAUAUGUAUUUUAGCAAGAUACUACCUAACACAAAAUAAAUUACUAAAAUUUAAACUAAAAAGGAAAGAACAAUCAGACAAAUCCAAGUUACUGUUAAUCUUAUGUUAUUUUAUUAAUUUUUUCAUUUUCAGUAAUUGGUAUGGUGGUCCUGCAGAUAAAUUUCUUUAGGAUUAUUCUUCUUCUAGAGAGAGCUGCUAUUGGACUUGUGUUUUGCGGCCAAUUCCACUUGAUCACAUGAAGUCUGAUCUUUUACUUACUAUCUUUUCCUUUUUUCCAUCUUAGCAGAUUUUGAUAUCCCAUGUGGGAUGUUCUCAUUAGUUUUUACUUGUUUUUUUUGUCUUAUCUGAUCUUUCUGUCUUGGUUAGACCAAUCUUUUGGUGCUAAAUUUUAGUUGUAAAUCUAUUAUUAAUCCCUUAUUGGUCCUCUUCUGACAUUUUCUUGUGGAAUUAUUGGUGUUUGUGAGAUUGAUCUUGUUUUUUUGAGUGUUAGUACUGGUUUCUUUACUGUGUGAUUUUGCACUAAGUAUGAUGAGAAAGUGGACUGAAUUUUGAUCAAGAUUGGAUUUUUAUGAUAUUCUGAGAUUUGGGUUGAAGAGCUGAAGUGAAGAUAUUUGUUGGGGAUUGUUUGGAUUUGUCCAAUUUUGUGGGAAUCUUGGUUUCUUGACUUUACUUGGGGUUUGAAAAAAAUAUGAUUUUUACCAAGUAUGCUAGUUUUCUUGGGGAUAUGAUUAGAAAUUGGACUGAAUUUGGAGCAAAGAUGGGAUUUUUAUGAUAUUUUGAGGUUUGUGUUGAAGAGCUAAAGUGAAGAUAUUUGUUGGUGAUUGUUUGGAUUUAGCCAUCUUCUUUUCAUAAAGCAAAUCGACUUCGAUUCUUGAAUAAUCACCACUUCUGCUUUUUGUGAGAUUCUUGGUUUCUUGAGUAUUAGUACUGGUUGACUUUUAAUUGGGUUUUGGCAAAAUAUGGUAUUUCUCAAAAUUUGCUAGUUUUCUUGGGAAUAUGAUGAGAAGUUGGACUGAAUUUUGAGCAAAGAUGGGAUUUUUAUGAAAUUGUGAGAUUUGGGGUGAAGAGCCAAACUGAAGAUAUUUGUUAGGGAUUGUUUGGUUUCGUUCAAAUUUUGUGUGAUCUGUGAAAACUGAAAAGUUGGAAAUGGAGAGUAAUUCCAAGACAAUUGUGUGGUUUAGGAGGGAUUUGAGGAUUGAGGAUAAUCCAGCUUUAGCUGCUGCUGCAAGAAGUGGAAGUGUUUUACCAGUAUUUAUAUGGUGUCCUAAGGAAGAAGGGCAAUUUUACCCUGGUAGAGUUUCAAGAUGGUGGUUGAAGCAAUCUCUAAUUCACUUGGAACAGUCUUUGAAAUCCCUUGGGGCUGAACUUGUACUGAUCAAAGCUCAAAGUACACUUUCUGCUCUCACGGAGUGUGUCGAAGCUGUUGGAGCAACAAAAGUUGUGUAUAAUCAUCUAUAUGAUCCUGUUUCACUUGUUCGUGACCACAACAUCAAGCAAAAGCUGGGGGAACUAGGCCUAUCUGUUCAGAGCUACAACGGGGACUUAUUGAAUGAACCAUGGGAGGUUUACGAUGAUGAUGGAAAAGUUUUUACAACGUUUGAUGCAUACUGGGAGAAGUCUCUGCGUAUGCAAAACGAACCUGUUUCACACCUUCCUCCUUGGAGAUUAACUCAAGUUGCAGGAUCGGUUAAAAUGUGUUCAUUCGAAGAAUUGGGACUGGAAAAUGAGUCAGAAAAAUCUAGUAACGCAUUACUAGGGAAAGGAUGGGCACCAGGUUGGAGCAACGCAGACAAGGCCUUAACCGAAUUUGUAGAGAACAAUCUACUUGGAUACUCAAAGGAUCGGCUGAGAGUCGGGGGAAACUCUACAUCCCUUUUGUCUCCUUAUCUUCACUUUGGAGAAUUAAGUGUGAGGAAAGUUUUCCACAGCGUGCGAAUGAAGCAGAUACUUUGGACCAAAGAAGGGAACUCUGUUGGAGAAAAAAGUGCUAGUAUUUACCUUAGAGCUAUUGGGCUUCGAGAGUAUUCCCGCUAUAUCUGUUUUAAUUUCCCAUUUACUCAUGAAAGAUCAUUACUGAACAACCUGAGGUUUUUCCCUUGGAAUGCUGAUCAGACCCAUUUUAAGGCUUGGCGACAAGGCCGGACUGGUUACCCAUUAGUAGAUGCAGGAAUGAGAGAGCUUUGGGCUACUGGAUGGGUUCAUAAUAAAAUAAGAGUGAUUGUGUCAAGUUUCUUUGUGAAGUUCUUACUUCUGCCAUGGCAAUGGGGGAUGAAAUACUUUUGGGAUACACUCUUGGACGCGGAUUUAGAAAGUGAUAUUAUUGGUUGGCAGUAUAUCUCUGGUAGCUUGCCAGAUGGUCAUGAACUCGAGCGCCUAGAUAACCCAGAGUUUCAAGGAUUCAACUAUGAUCCGGAGGGAGAAUAUGUGAGGCAUUGGCUACCUGAGCUAGCAAGAAUGCCAGCUGAGUGGAUCCAUCAUCCUUGGGAUGCACCAUUUAAUGUGCUCAAAGCUGCAGGGGUGGAACUCGGUAUCAAUUAUCCAAACCCCUUAAUUGAUGUAGAUGUUGCAAGGGAUCGUCUAAUGCAAGCUAUAUUUAUCAUGCGAGAAAAAGAAGCAGCUGCGAAUGCCUCAGAUGCACAUGGAACCGUUGAAGUUGUUUUUGAUAACUCUGAAAAUGUUGGAGAUUCAUCAGCCAAUCCAAAGGACGGCGUUGUAAAGGGAAAGGUGCCUUGUCCGAGCAGUUCAUCUUAUGAUCAGAGGGUGCCAUCCAUGCAAACUGCGUGCACGCAUAAAAAGAGACCAAAGCCGGAAGAAGAAACAAAGAAGCCUAACGACAACAAGCUUAGCUACAAGAACGAAAGCAAAAUAUCAAACAUUGAUGGCGACUUGUGCUCUACUGCAGAAUCCUCUUCUAUGAAAAAGCAGAUGACUGUCAGCAGAAACUCAUUUUCUGUACCUCGAGCAAUUACCAUAUCUCAUGACAGAAAAUCUUUCGAGGAAGAAGCAUCAUCUCAAAAGGAAGAAGAAACUGAAACAGAAGUCAAUUCGUGCAAAACUGGUAAGACAGAGCUAUAGCUCGAUGAUUGAUCCCUCGCCAUCUCCAAUCAGCUGUCUCUUCCGAAAAUGUUCAAUUUUGGAGACAGAUAGUACGAUCAGCGUAUGCAGUGGAAUGGCGAUAUGCUGUUGAACUAUUUCUUCGUGUAUAUAACUACCUCUUAAUCGCUAGUAAGGUUGUAGUUUGUUUGACAUAGUACGCGAUAGAACUCAUCCGAAGCAGCUAAGAUUCAUGGUUGAAUCUCUACUUUGUUUAGUAACAUAUAUAGACCAUGCCUAUGUAAUCUUGAAUAUGGAAUUUGUCUUGUAUUUUCAUAGUCAUAAAAGAUGAAAGAGGUCAUCUAGUUUUGAGAAA